AUGGGUUUGCGCGACAUCCUCAAGAAAAAGGACCACCUUGACAGUGGUGAUGCCAGUAGCCAGGAUGCUAUGGACAGGCUGGCCGCACCCGAAUUCAAGUUUAUUCGAUCAGAUACACACUCGCAAGAAAUCAUUCACCCCCCGACCGGCCCCGUGACGGAAAACAACGACCAGUUCCUGAAUCCUAACGACGGCAGUGGCCAGAAGCCUCGGCGCAGCCUCGACGCCAUCUUUGGCAACCGCUCGCGCAGCGCCUCCGUCUCGUCACAGGCGAGCUCCAACGGCAAUCCAAAGGGGGCGAGACGUCUGUCGGAACGAUUGCACCUUAGCCGCUCGCCCGCUUCCUCCGAGAAUGUCCCGCAGAACCUACCCGACAUUGUGACGACGGCCGAGGGCGACGAAUCAGCGUGGGAGAAGCGCGCGACGAUUCUGGCAUCGUCGAACAAGAGCAGGCCCGCAACGCCAUCCCAGGAUAACGGGUAUGGAAGCCAGGGGAGGGGCCGUUCUCCCAGCGCCGCUGUGUCAUCACCGGCCAUUGAUGAGGACAUUCAGGAGGCUAUUCGGCUGCAUGAGGCGGGGGAUUUUGAGAACUCGACUGCCAUGUUUGCCCGAUUGGCUGAUCCGGAUGGGGCAAAUAACACCCUCAGCCAAUUUCUGUACGGUCUCGCUCUGAGGCACGGUUGGGGAUGUGAGCCCAAUCCAGAAGGGGCGAUCAAGUAUCUCUCGGCAGCGGCAUCGAACGCGGCAGCCGUUGAGCAAAUGGCGUUGAAGGCCGGGCUCAAGAAGGGUGGUGCCGCCAAGGGAGAGCUCGUUUUGGCCAUCUUUGAGCUGGCGAACUCUUUCAGACACGGUUGGGGCACUGCUAAGGAUCCAAUCGCGGCCAAGCAGUACUAUGAGACCGCUGCGAACCUUGGUGAUACGGAUGCCAUGAACGAGGUUGCCUGGUGCUAUUUGGAAGGCUUUGGAUGCAAGAAAGACAAGGUAGGUUGUGUCACAUAUCAGCCAUCAACUUUGGCAUGUCACGACCUCCCGAAUCCUGGCAAACAGGAGCAGCAGCAGCAGCUCGCCCUGCUUUUGUCUCUUUGGAUGAUCUGGAAGGAAAAGUACGACCCAGACGCCGCCAAGGGGAAGAAGUAA